GUUGACGCACCGACUCAUAUAUAACUCCAGGCCUAUAAUCGCGAACCGGACGACACUUUAUUACUACCACAGCCGUUGUUUCGUAUAAUCCAUCCGAGGGGUUCGUACGCACUGGCUAAUGAGGCAUUUUGUAAUGCUCGGAUUAUGGUAAUAGUCCAGCGAAAGGAUUGUCAAGUGUUCCGAGCUUUGUCAUUCAUACAAUGCACCAUGACAGAUGUGUCCGCGUGUGCGGAUUGUUAUCAACCGGAGGCUGAGCUUCCAUCCUGGGCCUCAUUCUGCUUUUUGGACCUGUCAGUACUCACCAGACGCUACUUAGCUAAAAAUCGUGUACUUUUCUGUAUCACCAAUCACAACCUUUUCACAUGCAGAGGACACGAUUAA